ACGUUAACCGAGCCGGUAAGUUAUCCGGUUGUAAUCUUUACCUUUCUGUAACUAAAAGGACGAAAUGGCACCAGUACCAGUUGCGACAGAGGGUAAGAAGACAGGUGUGAAUGCUGUCCUGCUUGGACCACCUGGUUCUGGGAAAGGAACACAGGCUCCAAUGCUGGCUGAUAUGUACAAGGUGUGUCAUCUGUCUACAGGUGACAUGCUGAGAGCUGUUAUAGCUUCUGGAUCAGAGUUGGGAAAACGUAUCAAGGGCGUAAUUGAUGAAGGAAAACUUGUCAGUGAUAGUCUUGUAGUAGAACUCAUUGAUGACAAUCUUGGAAAACCUGAAUGUAAAAAUGGAUUUCUGCUGGAUGGAUUUCCACGAACCAUCAAACAGGCAGAGGCUUUGGAUGGUUUAUUGUACAGCAGGAAAACCAAAUUGGAUGCCUGCGUAGAAUUUAGUAUAGAUGACUCUCUGCUCGUCCGAAGAAUCACUGGUCGUCUCAUCCACACCAAGAGUGGACGAUCCUACCAUGUCGAGUUCAACCCUCCAAAAAAGGAGAUGACUGAUGAUGUGACAGGGGAGCCCCUCAUUAGACGAUCAGACGAUAAUGAAGAAGCGUUGAGGAAACGUCUCGAUUCAUACCACAAACAGACGAAGCCACUCGUGGAAUACUACAGCAAGCGCAAUAUUCACACAGCUAUUGAUGCAUCACAACCACCCAAAGUUGUGUUUGCUUCCAUUAGGAAAAUAUUCGAUAGGAACCAGAUCCUCGCAAACUUAAAAGGAAAAUUCAGUUGAAUAAAAUUUGAUACAUAUAUUGUACUUUUAUUUUUACGUUGUCACUUUUUAAGAACAGGGUUUCAACCUUGCAAUUUGUUAAAGGGUACAACUGAAUGACAGGGAAACAUUUUUAAUAUAGCUCUUGUUACAUC